UGUUACAUAGGUGUUGGAAUAAGUCGUUUCUCCCUAAUAGUCAUAAUUACCGAAUAUCAUUUAUAUGACAAGAAAUCACUUGUCACUUCAUUUGAAUAAUAUUAAUCGUUUUUUACUUUAUCGUUCAUUAAAGCAUUUUCGAAAUAGCUGCAUGGAAGUGAAAUUUCCUGUUCCGGGAAUAGUCUGUAUAGUAAGUCCUGAGGAACGGUCUAGUUGAGAAUCGUUCCAAUGUUGGAUAACGCUUGGCACAACACAUAUGAUUCAUUCACAUUCUUAUCUCGCGUAUGGUAGUCGGUUCAGGGCAGCUGUUUCGGAGGUCUUAAGGUAUCGUUUCUCCGUUCUGAUGUAGCAAACACAGUUCUGAUUGGGCAGUGUUCGGGUGUGGUUCUGUGGUUGUGCUUCAUCAUGAAAGCAAAGUGUGUUGUUUGCUUAGUCUUACUGUGGCUGAUGGCUAGCGCUUUGGCGUAUGAGAAAAUUCAUUACUACUGUGAAGAAAAGGAUCAUUACAGUAGCGAAGCGAUUUUUUCCAGUGUAAUUAUUAGUGGCGGAACAAUCCCUGAGUUUUCAUGUGACUCUUAUUAUCAGCAUAUAACACAAGCAACAUUUAAUAUGUCCAAUAUGGAAGAACUACCCAAACAGCUGUUUGACACAUUCACUUACAUAAAAAUUGCAAACUUCACUCGCAGCGGCAUCAAACAUGUGAGUCGUUACAGUCUUGAACGGGCCAGUUCUUUGCAAACUCUGGAUCUAUCUCGAAAUGCAUUGUACGAGUUAACGGCGUAUUGCUUUUCCGGAGCGGUAAACCUUAUCGAAAUCUUGUUGCCGUACAACAAUAUUAGCUCGAUUGAUAAUACGGCCUUCAAUUCGUUGGAUAAUUUGGCGGUUCUUGAGUUAACUGAUAAUAAACUCCACUCAUUGGACAGCAAAGUUUUCGGCUCGCUUGCAUCGUUACAAACCAUUUAUCUGGACUACAACGAGCUACAGGUAAUAGAACGCGGCCUCUUCUCCAGCAAUGUGAAGCUGCAAAAUAUUCUUCUGCAAAACAAUCGCAUCAGCGUGGUCGAAGAAGGGGCACUUGCAACUCACUCACCUUCACUUUUAAGUAUUCUUUCACUAAGUAACAAUAACCUCACAAAACUGAAUCUGAAAGGAGUAAAUGUAAGAAAGCUUAAUCUGGCCAACAAUAGGCUCGAGGAAAUUUAUCUUUCACAAUGGAUGGAAUCAGUUUUCGCACAGCACAAUAACAUCUCGAGCAUUUUCAUGGACAACUCGUCGAGCAUGAGCCUCAAGACGCUCAAUUUGGAAAAUAACUCUAUAACGUCCUUGGAAUCGAUUCAACAUUUAGAUUCGCUCGUAAAUCUCUAUCUAUCCAACAAUCGGAUUGGCCCAUUGAACCUCACGAGUCUUACGAAGUUUACCAAGCUCGAACAUCUUGGACUGGAGCGAACGUUCAUUUCGAACUUACAACAUGGUACCUUCGCACAGCAGCAAUCGCUUAAAUGGUUAGAUUUGAGUGACAACAAUUUGGAUCAUUUCGAUUUCGACAUUCUAACUUCCUCCACCACACUGCAGACAAUCUAUCUCGAUGGUAACCGGCUGAAGUCGCUGAAUUUUGAACAUCUCAAGAAAACAUUCCCAUCACUUGUGGAGAUUGGUUUCUCCGAUAACAACUGGAACUGUUCAUAUUUGACUCAGCUUGUACGUUACUGCACCGAGCAUUCAAUUGCAGUCUUCAAGUACAAAUCGUCAGUGUUGAAUCAGACGAAUGUGAAGGGUAUCUAUUGCUACGACGAUAAGAACCCUCUUGCCAACUGGAAUACCACAAUGCAGCAGAUGCAAAAACUGCAUCCCCAUCUUCACAACUCAUCGGAGGACAGCGCAUUGCAGACGUUGCUCCAAAGUGUCCUGGAGGAUGUGCGUCGUUUCAGCGAUCGCCAUGAAGAAGUUACGAAUCAAACCACCAAACUUGAUGGAGCCGUGUUUGAUCUUACCAAGAAUCAGUUCAAUCUGCAGAAGGAUCUCAACAGCUUACGGCAAUCACUGUACGACAUCCAGUUAUCAUUGCUGUCGAACCGGACGAAUGGUAGUGCACGAAUCGUUGCACAUAUACGCGGAGGCAGCUGUGAUCAUGGGUUGAUCGUUACAUUGGUGGUAAUGACGUGUAUGAUUAUUGGAGUGACUGUGUUAGGUUGUUUAAAAUUAAAUUACCGUUUGUUUAACAUCGAACGAAAUCGUUAUGCGGUCAGAGACAGUCGUCUGGUAGCUUUCAUCAAUGGCAAUAUUUGACCUCUUUAUCGGUCUAAUAAGGAAUAUAAAACUAGGAGGCCUUAUAUAGAUAGCUAAAUGAUUGAAAAUUCAAUGGUUAUUGAUUUUUUCUUAGUUAUUCCAUGAUGUGUUAAAUAUAUUUAGGAAAACGCUUGUUCUUAACAGUGUUCAUGGGUUAUUCUUUAUUGGAGCUGAGAAAGAAUCAAAAUAAAUUGGUUUGAUUGGAUAGCAUCAUUCAGCUAAAGUUGUGCCAAUGGAUCAGAUUCUAUAUAUUCUGUUACGUUGUAGAAAUGUCCAGUAAGCGAGAAGCGAGAAGAGCCAUUAUUGUUACUGACGGGAACAAAUCGGACUACGGUCCGCCGUACUGAGUUGACUACGCGAAGAAUAGUCAACUUGAAACUUCUUGCGCAAGUUUCUAUUACCUUCCUGGUUACAGCGGGAUCGACGUUAGGCUUUCUUCCUGGAUUAACCAGGAUUAGUGUCUAACGUAAGAUCGGGUGGAUUGUAACCUUUUCCGUAAAUGGCCUUAGAUCGGUUCCGACAAAUAGGCUUUGUAUUGAAUUAAUCAAUAUAAGUAUCUAUCCGUAGAGAACCGUUCAACUGCCAAACAGAAAGACUCGUUGGUUUGAAAGUUAGAUAACAAGUGAAAGUUUAUUGAAAAUAUUCCAGCUUAUAUAUUAACAAUGUGUAGUGGUAUUAGUUCUCAUUCUACACGCCGUAAGUGUGUGUUAAUUUCAAGAACGUAAGGGUAAAUUCCUAGUUUUACCUCCUAGUGUCAGUUUAGGAUUCUUUAACGCGAUCCGAUUCGGCCUUUUUUGGUUAAUUGCACCGAGCGCAUAGACGUAUGUUUUUCUUGUCUAUUGUCAAACUAUUUCGGGUAAUCGAUUGUUAAAGAUAUCAAGGCUCGAACAAGCCGUCCUUUGUAACGUGUUUAUUACUUGCUCGCCUAUCGCAAAUGUGUUGGUGUUAGAUCGCGUUGAUCUUUUCCUAUUUUCUUCUGUUUUUAUCCUAAAUAAACACAUGGCUAGGGUUCUGUUUUGGUACCCUAUCCUAAACCUUUUUAGUUUGUUGCAUCCAAGUAAUUGAAUGCCGAUACUAUUGAAAGCAAGUCAUUGUGCUGCACAUGCAUUCCUUUCCCUGGGGUUGAACGCACUUGAGUCGGUUAUUCUUAUUUUACAUUUUAGAGCUCCUUCGCAUGACCUACGCAACGCGUGAUUUAAUUAUUGUAGAACAGACCUUUCUAUUGUUCUUUGUUUAAUUUGGUCUAACCCACAACCACAUAUGCCAUUUUUUGAUGGCUUAUGCCAGCUGUGCAUUAAUCUUGUACGCCUCAUGCCUUGUGAAAUUGAAUCGUUCUCUUUCUUAGGAUAGAUCGAAUUUUCUUACGCGUACGCUGCGAACUUUGUCGCGUCCGUAACAAUUAUCGUUUGUUGAAAUUAUAUGCUUGUUUUUUGUUCUUUAUUCCGUUGUUGUGAUUUACGUAAACAAUGGGAAACAUUAUGUAAACAAGAACGAUCACUACAAAGGCGAAGUUGUAUGCAAAAUCGAAUAAUCAUCGGAUUUUGAGGGGCGAUAAUUUGAAACAACUUACUCUACCGACUGGAAUGUAAUUGCAAUCUUUGCUAAAAGUUGCGACAUAAUAAACGAAAGCGGAAAUAAUUUAACC